UCCUGCCACACAAAGUGCCGUCACUGCAACUUUGCUCUCUGCGAGUCUUUUGUUUCGAAUUAGGGUUUCGCUCAGAGUAGCCAUGGGAGUCUUCACAUUUAUCGUACGCAACUCCGGCGGCGAAUGGACAGCCAAACAACAUUCCGGUGACAUCGAGUCCUCCGCCGACUCCUCCUACGAUCUCCAACGGAAGCUCGUCCAAGCCGCUCUCGCCGUUGACUCUUCCGGCGGCGUUCAGUCCUCUUACUCUCCUGUUUCCCCUUCCUCUGCUGUAUUUCAGGUAAUAGUGGGUGGUGCAGUAUUCGUUGGAGGUGGUGCGGUUGCAGCUGCACCUGCCGGAGGUGCUGCCCCAGCCGCUGAUGCUGCCCCAGCUGCUGAGAAGAAGGAAGAGAAGGUGGAGGAAGAGUCCGACGAUGAUAUGGGUUUGGGUCUGUUUGAUUAGAGUUCCGUUAUUUUUGAGUUUUGAUGGAAGAGAUAUUUUAGUGUUUAAUCCUAUAAAUUAUAUUUGUGUAUUGCUUUUCGCCAGUUAAUGCUACAUUCAACUCCAUCAGAUAGAGUUUUUGUUUUUCUGUCAUGUGACCUAAAUCGUUCAUCUGUAUCGGGUUUUGCUAGUUAUUUCCUUUUAAAAAAAUGGCUCGCUCUUAGAGGUUUAAUAGACUUCGUGCUACUUUACCUUCA